AUGGAUAUCGCGACGCUGUUCUUUGGCAUGUUCAUGCCCAUUUUCGUAUUCACGGUUGCGAAAGCAUAUCAUCAAACGAGGAGGAUCUACCGACACACGAGAAGCUUCCACAAUGCGUACCUCUACCUCGUGUGGACGGAAGCCACCGCCAACUUUAUCUUUUCCGUCACCACUAUGCUUUUCAUUCAAGGCGUAAUUCCUCCAGCACUAUGGUACUACAUCCUAGCAGUCAUCCUCUGGACCCUUCAAGUCCAACUCCUCCCGCAAAUCAUCGCCAAUCGCGUCUCCCUAAUCAUGGUCAACAAGCGCAAAGCCAGCUACCUCAGAUGGGGCUUGUUCGCUCUGAUCACGCCCAUCACCGUUGCAGUAUGCUACAUCUGGACCUCCUCACACCUGCCCGGUGCCACGGACCAACAGAUCCGGGUCAAUAUCAUCUUCGAGAAGUGCGAGAAGAGCUUCUUCCUCAUCAUCGAUCUUGCUCUGAAUAUUUACUUCCUGUGGCUGGUCCGGUUCAAUUUGAUCGCUGCUGGGCUGAAUAAGUACUGGAGGCUGUUCAACUGGAAUGUUGGGAUGGUCGUCGUAAGCACUACGUUAGAUGCGCUCUUGUUGGGGUUUCUGAGUCUGUCGAAUCAGUUCAUGUUAGUUGCCACUCCCCGGAUCUCCAUCAACUAA